AUGGUGUUUCUCCAGGUUCGGGCCUUCGGACUUCUUGUCUUCUUUGCAUUCGCAGCCGUAGUUUUAUCGGCACCACAAGCCACCGAUGGAGCGUCUCUCGUGGAUGCUGCUGAUACUGUAGAGUAUGGCCACGUCGAAGCCAAUGAGUCGUUGGUCGGUGCAUUCGGACGUGGUCGACCUAAGAGGCCAUGCAAGCGGCUGUCGGUUCGUAGAGAAUGGCGUGAUUUGAGCAAUCACCACAAACGCAGUUACAUCAACGCAGUCAAAUGCCUUCUCACUGCGCAAACUCAUAAUCGGACUCUACCUGAGAAGUUCAACCGCAACGAUGAAUUUGUGCUCAGCCAUGUAAUGGUCGCUGACUACAUUCAUGGUGUGGGUCAAUUCUUGCCAUGGCAUCGGCAUUUCGGGUUCCUUUACGAAAAGGCUCUCCGCGAGGAGUGUGGGUAUAGAGGUCCCUUCCCAUACUGGGACUGGACUCGUGAUACAGCCGACCCCGACAAGCACAUCUCCGAAUCACCUCUCUUCGACCCAGUACUUGGUUUUGGUGGAAAUGGCGUUCCAGGGACCUAUACCCCACCUACCGAGAAUGACGGUGCUAGGAUCCCAAUUUCCCCACCCGCAUUCACAGGGUGUGUUCAGACAGGACCAUUCGCCGGCAUCGUCUUCCACGUCGGACCCAACGUCCGCUUCAGCGACCACUGCUUGACGCGGAAUUUUGCAGAGGAAGGUCGUCGAGAGCACCUCACUCCAGAGUCGAUCGCGAACAUCUCCAGUCAAACUACCUACGACGACUUUUGGAAUUCGUUAGAUGGUCGACCUGCCAAGCCGUACUGGAGGCUGCAUGACGCUGGGCACGCCAUGAUUGGAGGAGAUAUGUCAAAUUUUUACAGCAGUCCCAACGACCCUAUCUUCUAUCUCCACCACGCCGGUCUUGAUAGACUCUGGUGGAAAUGGCAAAACGUCCAUCUGCCUAGCCGUCUUUGCCAGAUGGGUGGACAGGCGUCCGUGUCUCCUCCCCAUGGCGAGACAACUUUGGACUACGAAAUGUCCUUCGCUGACUUGGCACCAACCGUUCGUGUUGGUGAGACGAUGGAUCUGAGGAUGGAGCCAUACUGCUACACCUAUGCGGACUAA